AUGAAUGCCACAAUCACCUCUGCAGGGGUGACAUGCGGCAGGUCUGGCAGCAGCUGUGAGAUUCAGCAGAACGCCUCCUCCCUCUUCUGCCGGGUUCUCUGCUUUGACUUCUGUGCCUCCUGCAUCCCAAUCAACGGCCAACGCCGCCACCCUCCUCCUCCACCACCCCUCUCACCUCCUCUCCCUCCCAGCCUCGCACUCAUAGGCCCCCCACCCCCACCUCUGUCAUCCCUUCUUGCUGUCUCCUCUCCGCUCGCCCCUCCUCCUGCUCCUCCACCCUACACCGCAUCCCGUGUCUUCGGUCGCGCCCGCUGUCCAAAGUUCCCCGUGUCUCUCGUGGCACAUGCAACGGGUGGGUGGAGUGAGGUCAACUGGUUGGAGAAGCAGGGGUGGAGCAGCAUCAGCAACAGCACCACUAGCAGCAUUAUUGGCAGCAGCAGCAGUGGAGGGCAGAGGUACAAGGUAGUGAGUCCUCUCGAUGCCCGCCAGGUGUGGUUCGUAGUGAGGCGCGGCAACGACGAGCUUUCCACAGACUUUCAGAAAGAGGUGGCCACGCUUUGGUCCAUCCGCCAUACCAACCUGCAGCGACUGCUGGGUUACUGUUGGGAGAAACCUGGCAGUGCUGAUAGCACCAAGAGUACUGGUGCUGAGAAGGCUAUUGCCUAUUCUGCUCCUGCCGCUUCCGUUCAUGCUCUGGAGCAAGCAGAGGAGCAGGUGCUAGUGUUUGAGUGGGUGCCAGGAGGCAACCUGCACAGCCGCCUCGUUGCAGAGGGCUGCUCGCCUCUGUCGGUGUGGCAGUGCCUGGAUGUGACCGCGGGUGUGCUGCGAGGGCUGAAGCACAUCCAGAGCCAUGGGGUCGUGCAUGGCCGCAUACACCCACGCAACAUCCUGCUAGACUCCGCGCUGCAGGCUGUCCUGGCUGGUUGCACGGCCGUGAAAAUGGGCGACCCACUUCCAUCCAUCCCCGCACCUGCACCACCAGCAUCACUAUCCGCAUCAGCAGCGGCAUCAGUCACACCAGCAGUACGGUUACCUGCCAGCCAUGCAUACAUGGACCCAAUCCUGCAUGCCUCUGCUCGCACCACGCCCACCACGGACGUUUUCAGCAUUGGUGUGGCACAUCACCUAAUAACUCGCAACAUCACGGCCAGCCUGCGCGCCGCCCACCUGCCCUCAGCACCCGACGCCAUCGUGCUGCCCAUGGUGCACCUCGCCCUCUCCUGCACCGCUUCCGACCCCCUCUCCCGCCCCACUGUCACCGACCUGCUCCGCUCCAUCAAGGCUCUCAAGCGCUCCCUCUCCGCCCACCCGCGCCCUGCCCUGCCGGCAAACGCAGGGACGGGCGGGGAUGGUGACACCGCCGGUGCUGCCGGCGGUGGGGGGGCUGGAGAGCAGCAGGGUGGGGAGUCUGGGGAUGGGCUUUCUGGGGGUUUCAGUCAGAAUGCGCUAGAUGCGAAGCUCGAUUGGCUCAUGGAAGAAGAGGACAGCGGUAUUUUUUUGACAGAUGUAUAG